AUGGCAACUCAACAACCCCUACCUUCGGCAGGAGGGCUCCAGAGCAGCCCUCAUCUUAAUAAAGUUAACGAGGACGAUUGGCAAACAGGUCAACUUUCAGCGCCAGAACAGCAUCUCUGCAGUCCGGGAUAUAAGUGCCCAAUUCGCGAGCGCUUGAAGCACUUCACCUGGGCUUGGUUUGCAGUCACCAUCAGCACUGGUGUUCUCGGCCUUCUCUUCCAUAACACGCCUAACCGCUUCGAUGGGCUCAAUGCUAUUGGCAAAGUAGCAUUUAUUCUGGCUAUUGCCAUGUUUCUUGCCUCUGUCGCUGCGAUUACAUAUCGAUUCGUCAAGACGCCUAAAGGGUUAAGGACAAGCUUACUGCACCCAACCGAAGGCUUGUUUUUCCCAGCAUUCCUCCUAAGUUUGGCUAUUAUUCUUGCCAACUCAGCUAUAUAUGGCGUUCCAGCAUCAGGUCCUUGGCUACCCGUGGCCCUAAGAAUAUGCUUCUGGAUCUACGCUGCACUAGCUCUCUCCUCAUCUGUAGUGCAGUACACCAUCGUCUUUAAUGGGGCUAAGCUCAAGAUCAAGUCAAUGAGCCCCCUUUGGAUAUUUCCUAUUUUCCCUACACUAUUAACAGGAGUCGUAGCUUCCACAAUUGCGCCAUCACAACCGCCCUCACAACGAUUGCCUAUCCUUGUUGCAGGAGUUACCUACUUGGGCCUGGGUUUUAGCGUUGCUUUUAUCUUAUAUGCAUUAUACCUCUACCGGCUUACGCAGGAGGGAUUCCCGGCUCCUCCAAUGCGUCCGGGAAUGUUUAUUGCAGUUGGUCCCCCGGGAUUUACAGCGACGGGCCUCAUCGGCCUUUCUAGAUCUAUCCCAGAUGGCUAUGCAUAUUUCGCUAGGUUUCUUGCUGCAUCUCAGAUAUUAAAAGUUCUCGCACUAUGGGUCAGUAUUUGGUUAUGGGCUUUGGCUUUCUGGUUUUUUUCCUUCAGUCUCAUUGCACUUUUGAUGGGUAUAGCGAAGAAACGCAUCCGCUUCUCUCUAGCUUGGUGGGCAAUUGUCUUCCCUAACACAGCCUUUACUAUUGCGACGUGUCUUAUCGGGGAAGAGCUUGAUAGUGACGGUAUUAAGGGCGUGGCAAGCGCUAUGACUAUUUUAAUUGUGAUUGGAUGGUUCGUGGUGCUUGGUUCGCAUAUACGGGCUAUAAUGCUCAGUAAGGUCUUAUGGCCUGGUCGCGAUGAAGAUUUCGGGCAUUAUACUCCUAACAAGGAUAAGUCAGGGAUAAGCCACUAA